GAGGAGGGGCGCUUCGGGCCUCGGCACUUGGCUCGGGGUUCAGCGGAACUACAGGACUUUCCAGCCCAGCCGACCGGCCCUCCUCCUCGGUCCCGGAGGUCACCCAGUCUGCAUCGGGCCCCAGCCGCCCCCAUGGCUUUGCCAGACGACCCUCUGCGCGCAGGUCAUAUGACAAAGGAGCCAGUAGAAGACACAGACCCUAGCACUUUCUCCUUUCACGUGAUUGUGCUGGGAUUGUUUGCUUGCUUGACUUCCCUCGAGGCUGUACGGAUCAUUAGCAGAAAACUAGGCACAAGUCAGACAAAUACCCCAUUCAAGAUACAGGACUCCCUAAAGGGAGAAGAAAAUGGCUUUCCGGACAGUACUAGAGAUUCCCUUACAGAAACCAGAGAGGACAAGCUGCCUGAUGCCUGUAAGGAAAACUGUAGCUGUUCCUCCUGCUCAUUGCGGGGCCCCACCAUCAGUGACUUGCUCAACGACCAGGAUUUGUUAGACGUGAUCAGGAUAAAGCUGGAUCCAUGUCACCCAACGGUCAAAAACUGGCGGAAUUUUGCCAGCAAGUGGGGCAUGCCCUAUGAUGAAUUGUGUUUCCUGGAGCAGAGGCCUCAGAGUCCCACGCUGGAGUUCUUGCUCCGGAAUAGUCAGAGGACAGUGGGCCAGCUGGUGGAGCUCUGCAGGCACUACCACAGGGCUGACGUGGAGAAAGUCCUGCGUAGGUGGGUGGAGGAAGAGUGGCCCAAGAGGGCUUGUGGAGACCACCCCAGGAACUUCUAGACCUCUUCUUGUUGGUUUUGGACAUAGAGACAAUCCUGGGUGAAGGAGGAAUGUGAAUCUGUUCUUUUCUUUUCACUUACUUGCUUUUUUUUUUUUUUUAAGAGUUCAAGAUAAAGACAUGAACAGCAAACGUCCCCCUCCCAAAAAAAAAAAAAAGGAUGGUUUUGAAGAGGGGUAUGUUCUGUUUUGGUGGUGGAUUCUUACUUAGUCUAGCACAUCUGUUGAACUUCAUAUAUUAGUCUGAACUUGGAAAAAUCUUUUGUACGUUUGUAUAAAUAAAGACCAGGAUUAAACCAUAAAAUCAGAAAGAGCUCACACCGUGAUAAAAUUUUAAAAAAAAACCUCUCCCUAAAAUAUUGCUGAAGAUUGAAAUAAGACCUGAGCUGCUGGCCUCGAAUAAUCAUCAUCCACAAGAUCCUUCAUGAUCAAGAUUACUCCUAUGACUUAGGGGAAAAAAAAAAAAAGGAAAGCGAUGUUACCCUGUUUGGUUGUUUACUUUGUAGCUAAGUACUUAAAUGAGUUAAUAAGAUAUUGGUAUUGUUGUGAUAGUACCCUUCAGAAUGUAUAUGCCAUGUUUUUUUAUUCAAACACUUUUGUAAUCUGUGCACUAUCAAUGAUGUCACUUGCUCAAGUAUCUUUGGAAGAAAUGCCAAAAGUGGUGGUUAUUGGAGGGACAGAGUCAAGAAUUAAUUAGUAAGAGAUCAAGGACUGUGAGGGGGGCAUUUGACAGAGAGGACUCAAAAUGGUCUUUGGUUACCCAUGACUUAUUAGAAAUGAAAAUGCUGACUUUCACAUUUCUCACAUGAGACUAAAGUGUCUUAUCUCCCAAGAUGAAAUUCAAUUAAGGAAAAAAAAAAGUGAAAAUCACCUGGCCCACUGGAACAAUCCAGCUUCCUCUAGCACCUGCUACCCCAGUUUAAUAGGGCCCAGUGACACUAUACAGGAAUGUAAUGAGGAAGGGCAAUUUUUAAAUAGUGAUGCUUGAAGGGGGAGAGGGGAAGGGUUUAUUGCCACCUGGGUUAUCUCUGGGGCCCGAUAACUACUCGGAAAACCCUCUAUUUUUCCUUCCUUUUAUUUGAUAGAACAGAGAGAAAUUGUGAAGGAAGAGAGAAAGAGAAACACCUGUAGCACUGCUUCACCAACUCAGGAAACUUCCCCACUGCAGGUGGGUAGUGAAGGCUUGAACCUGGGUUCUUGUGCAUGUGGUAACAUGUGCACUCAACUGGGUAUGCCCCUACCUGGCCCCAUUAAAAUGUAAGGGUUUUAGAUCAAAUAAAAAAUUAGGUCCUUUUUGAUUGCUUAGGGAGAGGAGGAGGAUGGGAGGCAGGGAAAGUUUAUUAUCAGGAAGAUCAAAUUUUCUAUUUUUUUUUAAGCCUCCCAUUUGUUUGACAAUUUCACAUCAGGUAAAACUGCUGUCUGGUAAUUUCAUGUCAAGUAAGAAUACUAUUUGGUUUUGGCUAUGGGUUUAGAAAAUUAUGGGGGACUGCAUUCAGUUUGGAAGUAUUUUGUACAAGGACCUGAUUAAAAUAUGCAAAAAAUGAUGAAU